AUGCAAUCCACGGGUUAUGCCCCGCGGCGGGCGGGGCAGCAAAUUUUGGCGGCAACUGGUCAUUCAUCAUCAGAUGCUGGUGGUUCGCUACCUGAAUGCUCAAUUGGUGAUAUAAAGUACGAUACAUCGAAUAUCAAUUUUUCUUGAAAAAUCAACCAGGAAAAUAUACACUGGUGGAUAAUCCUAGAGUAAAUACAGUUAAACCAUCUGCAUGUUGGACUCGAUUUGCUCUUCCUGCAGUUAAAGAUGAAAAUCAUCGAAAACUUUGCGUGAAUUUGUGUGAUGAAUGGAAAGUCUCACAGGUCACAGGGGUACGGGCGGGCGGGCGGUUAUAUAACGUCU